CAUACCCCGGGCGUUUGUCACCCCUGAUCGAGUUGGGCUUUGACAGGCUACAUUAAGUAGCAAGAGUACUCCAGCGGCUAAUCCAAAGAACGAUUAUUUUCUCGGCACUCUGAUCCAGCAUGUCCAGCUCUGGGUUCACUAGUCCCUUUGGGGCAAACUCGAAUCCCUUCGGUUCCAGAGUCGAGACGGGUUCUAUGCAGAGGGUAGCUGAGGAAGAGGAGAACGACGUCCUCGCCUCGCCCACAACACCGCGUUUCGGACAAUCGACAAGCCAUGGCCAAAUAUUUCGAGCACCCUUCGGGGGCGACGCCUCGUCUGACUCCCACCUGUCUGCGUUGCGGAGUCCGCCGAGUACCGAAGGCUUUCCGGCGCAGUUCAACUUCGGUCGACGCACCUCGGUCUCGGCGGAGUCUCUAAAGCCAGUUGGUGAUAGCUACGACAACUGGACACCACCUGUGCAUCCCAAGACUGAGGAGCAGAUGGAACGUCUUAAGAGGGCGAUUGGCGGCAAUUUCCUGUUCAACCACCUCGACGAUGAGCAAUGUGCGCAAGUCCUCGGAGCCCUGGUAGAAAAGCCAAUCCCAACCAAGGGAAUAAAGGUUAUUACACAAGGCGACGCUGGAGACUACUUCUACGUGGUCGAGAAAGGUUCUUUCGACGUUUACGUCAACCCCACGGGUUCACUGCAGCCAGGACCGGAUGGGAUGGGCCAAAAGGUCAGCACAAUCGAAGCUGGCGGAUCGUUUGGUGAACUGGCUCUCAUGUACAAUGCGCCCCGGGCUGCUACGGUUAUUUCGGCUGAGCCGCAGUGCACGCUGUGGGCUCUGGACCGUGUUACCUUUCGCCGAAUCCUGAUGGAAUCGACGUUCGCACGUCGUCGCAUGUACGAAAAUUUCCUCGAGGAAGUCCCUCUCUUGUCGACUCUUACACCAUAUGAGAGAUCCAAGAUCGCCGACGCUCUCGAGAGCCAAAAGUUUCCCGCGGGCCAUACGAUAAUCCGCGAGGGCGACCCUGGCCAUGAGUUCUACUUGCUCGAAUCUGGCGAGGCAGCCGCGUAUAAGAGCGGCAACGAAGAGCCAGUGAAGCAGUACAAGAAGGGGGAUUUCUUUGGUGAGCUCGCCUUGCUCAACGACGCGCCGCGUGCAGCCAGCGUCAUCAGCCAAACCGAGGUCAAAGUUGUCAGGCUGGGCAAGUCGGCCUUCCAGAGACUGCUGGGCCCAGUCGAGAGUAUCAUGCGGAGGACCAGGUAUGUUGGCAUGAGGACUGGAGAGGAGGAGGGAGGACCCGCGCAGAGGCAGUGAGGAUAACAGUUCGAUAACCGGUCAUAGUGGGGAUAGCGGCUACUGAGUACGGCGCAUUCACCACAGCAAAGAACAGAUUGGAAGGGUGUAGAGAUAUGGUAUGAGGGCCAUGACGGAGUCUCGAAAUUCCGAGGCUUCGUCUCAGUGGGGAUUCUUUGAGGGUGUACUUCGGUGGGGAUUCUUUGAUGGUGUACUCGAACUGCUAAUGGAGAACUC